AUGGCGACGGCGUCUAAGCCAGAAAGCCUAGGCGGUCAAGGGGAUCUGGAUGGGGAUUCCUGCACCCUGGGGGAGUUUGUGGACAGUUUCAACAUCCCCCAGACUGUGGCUGCCACACGACCGUUCCGUUACAAGUUGCCCUCGGGUAACCCUGUGUCUAUACAGACAGGUGACGUUAUACUGUUGCGGACUGUGCUUACGGGCAGCGUGACUUUGUCCUAUUUCGACCCUGACACGGCUUACAUCAGAGAUGUCCACCUUCCCAUAAACUUCCCUGGCAAGUUUGUUGUUAUGAAUGGUAAACUUGACACGGAUAGCUUUUCUGGGAGUACACGGAGACCCCCAUCACCCUCGAGGCAUUCCUCGGACCCAGGGUGUCACGAAAAGCCGCAAGCGGACUUGACCGAAAACCCGUACGAGAACUACGUCGGGAAAAUGUACCCGAGAGUACAAGACCUCAUUACAGAUUGCCCACCCUUCUUCAAAUCCACAGAAAACUUCACUGACCCCAUUGACCCCAGCGUUUGUUUCAAGGCUGGAGAUCGUUUCAGGACUGUAAAGCUCACGACAGACGCCAGCGGAAGGAAGUAUUUAGAAUGCAAACAUAUGAAUGGCAAGCUCAUGAGACUCCCAGUGUACUGCAAAGGCCAGUUCCAAGCGCUCCAAGACAAAUGUUUCUACACCUUGUCAGAAUUGAUAUCCAUGGCACCCAUUGCUCGGCGACUGCAACUGGCCCGGGAUUCUCUAAACGGGAUGUAUCCAAUUCCUGGUAUUCGAAGGGAUUAUAUUGGGGACAUUUACAUGCACACACCGGUGAGUUAUGUCCAGGUUUCACCAUGGAAACAGCUCGAGGUGACGUGGAAUUUACCCAGUGAUUUGCCUCUAAGGAUAAAGCACUACGCCGUGGAGGAAUACGAGACUCCUAUUUCUCAUUUCGCGGCAAACCGUUACACCUUGACUCAGUUCCGCAUCGCGUACGAAGACAACUUUCCAGUGACAGCUUGUAUUCAGACUUACACUGACAAACCGAAAGUUUUUGCUAAGUAUCUGCAGCAAAGAUCUCCGAUUGUUUGCGUCCACAAAUUUGACAAAGUGGAAAAGAUUUUAGCCAAAUGCGAAGAGGACCAUUAUGUGCUGUCACCGACUUUGCCAGUGAAGUGCACUGCGGUGUGUCGAAAAUUUUACUGUAUUAGCGAUCUAUUGAAAACUCGACCAGGUACCAAAGUGACUGUGAGGGAAGACGUCGCAUGCGAUGCACCUUCGCCAUUUUGUUUGCAUUCGGGCGACGUGCUUAGUAUUUCCUCGAGGACAUCAUACACAGUGGUAAAUGUGAACUACAAGUGGAACAACAGCAGCCAUCAAGUCAGUGUCCUUAAAUGUGACAGGCUGCUGAGUGGUAAGAAAGGUUGCCAGAAAGUCAAAAUUCCUCUCGACCUGGAGGUUGAAAUGGACGAAGUGCUGGACGGCGGGAGAGAUAAAGCCAUGGUUUUCGCGGAGUUCCUCCAAAGCAAGCCAGAAUUUCCUGUCACCAUUGAGUUCGGUGAGGGUGAGGCCGAUUGUCCACGGGAACUGCCCCGUAAACUCACCCUUUGUUGCUCUAUAAGAGAUUCCUGUCUUUAUGUAUCUCGCAGACCUCAAAGAAUGAGCCACAAGAAGAAUCUGUCCGAUCAAGACGAAAAAGCCAUUCUGGAGGUUCCAGAGAGACACUUGGCGAUGCUGUCUUUUGAACAGUUCUUAAGCAUAGAGGAGGCAUGUAUAGCUGAUAGACCGACUGUUCGCUGUGAGGUAGAACCUAUUUCUAGUCGCAUUUUCACCGAGAUGGAAAGUGAAGACAGAUCGUAUGAAACAAUAGGUGGACACAGCCUUGCUCUGCCAAAGAAAAUACCAUACAGAAGAAAAGCUCCAAAGUCUCGGACGAACACCUUAGUAUCGUUUUCAGCUCUCAGUAAGUCUCUACCCAGUCUGACCUCGCUGUUACAGCACAAGAAAAGCAAGCUGACUUCCGCCGCGACAGAAAUCGAUAUCCAGACCAUGGAUUCUAGCUCCGGCACUCAGGAUCUAGAGGAAAAUCUGUACGAGGAUGUAAUCAUUGGAGUUAGUCCUAGCGUUACCAGGACCAAUCAGACAGAUCUGAGCAGGUCAACUCUGCCCCAACUCCAGAAUAAAGAAAAGAAAUCCUCAAGGCUGUCUCUUUUCAAGAAGAAAUCUACGGACAUGUGAAGUCUCGAGAUAACGCAAGAAUCGCGUGGAUCCGGUUUCAUGAAACAUACUUAGUGUUAAGUAGCCCUUAGCUAAGUAUACUUAAUAUCUCUACAACACAUGUCGUCAUAGUAGUUAAGGGCAAUCUAAGUCAACUCCAUGAAACCGGCCCCAGAAUUCUCCACCAUAUUGCUCUAUUUCUAGUAGAUGUGAGACAAAGUUCACAAAUCUGGCUCUCGCUGCUUCGACUCUGGCUUUAAGUUAGGAUAUUCGUCAGGAACCGCCAGGGCGGUGCAUAAUUAAUCCAUAAUUAAUCCAUAAUAGCACAUCCAUUUCCUCCACCCAUAAACCUGACUAAUUAAACACAGCGUCAAAUUCAAACAUAAAGCAUACUAUACUCUUGAUUGGUGUUUUACGCCUUACUCAAGUAAUGUAUACUUGCGAAAUGUACUUGCUGGUUGGUAAAAUUUUGUUGACAGAGCAGUUUUGAUGUGGCUGGUGUAAUUAUUAGCCUUUCUGUAAUUUGACACCCUUGCUUAUUCAAGUAAAAGCCUUUUUGUGUACACCUUGUUUGUGCUUUGGGUGUGAGGAGUUUGGCCCUGUUGUUGGUUUUAGCAUCAGCUCCUCGUUAGGCGAACAUGCCUUCCUUAUACUCACAGCUCCUUGUACAAUGUUUUGACUUUUAUAUACUCUCCUUCUGAUCUGUGGAAUAUUUUGAGUCAGUCGGCUUCCCUGCAAACUCUCCUUGUAACAAGUCAUUGUCAGUGCUCUCCUCCAUUUCAGUCAGAUUCCUCCUACAAAUUUGUGCUUGCUUGUGAAAAGUUGUGGGAAAUGUUUCACAUUCAAAUUCUCCAUGUGUUUGCAAAGUAAGUUUUACCUUGGAAGUUUUACUGUUGGUCAAGAUGGCCUAGCUUGGUGUUUAUGACAGCUUAACUUAAUACAUUUAAUACCCAAAAAUAAUGCAGUUGAAUGUAGCCAUAUUGUUGAUAUACAUUGUGCGUAGUAAUUUACAACUAUUUACAUGAUAAUGAAUGAAUUCUUAGUCACAUUUUUAUGUGCAGUGGUCAUAAUUAUAUAGCAGUAUUACUGUAUAUUGCGUUACAUCCCUCCCAUAUCGUUCUAAGUGUAUUUCAUGAAGAGAUCACUGUGAACAGGUGUAAUGUCGAUUUACUUGCCCUACACUUUGGUCAGUAUUAAAGAAGUUUAGAAAUAUUUUCAGUCUGUAUUCGAUGCUGUUGUACGUAUUCCACUGAUCCCUGAAGUAUUUCGAGCCAUGCAUGUAUACCACCCGGCUCAUGUAAACAACUACUCCUUAUUACACUUUAUGUCACUGUUCUCUUGUAAUAUGUUUGUGUUCUAAUAAAUCAGCGUCCUACUUUGAUAUUAUAUGUCGUUGCUCUUGUACAAACAUUGACUCAAACAUUUUGAGUCAUUGCUGUCCUGUCGACUGAUCAGUGCGACUUUAUUUCUCCAAUAUUUAUUUCUCCGUUAGCUCAUCACGGAUCAGUUUUGCGGGCAUCCAGAAUGGUUAUUCGUAUUGAAAUGAAAGAACAUGCGACAUGUUUUGCUUCUGUAUUAUUCCAGAAGGCUUGCUUUUCUGCAUACUGUUCCUUACAACAGUUUGCCGUCCUAUAAGAAUGUAGGACUCCCCCCCCCCCCACCCCCU